UCAUCAACAUUCAAAAGUCAGGAUAUUUCACAUAGAAAUUGAAUUCUUUUUUGGCUUCUCUUGAAAAAACCUCAUGCUUGGGCAAUACUGAGCCCCCAACCGCCCCCUUUAAACAAAAUAUGGUUUCUUGAGGCCCCUGAAGUCUCUCCCACUCCGGUCUUACACCCAAGGCACUGGUGGUUUAUGGUACUGCGUGGUUGCUGAAGGCAUUUAGGUUUUUGAUCUCUACUUAUUGACUCACCCUGCCCUGGUCUGAAGUCUUUUGGGGACUGCAAUUCCCACAAAGCAAAUAUCAAUAAUCCUUCCUCCUAGACCUGCUCAGGCCUAGAGCCAGCCCUAGAAGGGUUUCCUCUCACUUCCAAGAAGGAGCUAAUAUCUAUCACAUAGCAGAUGCUCAGUAAAUAUUUUCUGGGGCUUCCCUGGUGGCGCAGUGAUUGAGAGUCUGCCUGCCGAUGCAGGGGACAUGGGUUUGUGACCUGGUCUGGGAAGAUCCCACAUGCUGCGGAGCGGCUGGGCCCGUGAGCCAUGGCCGCUGGGCCUGCGCAUCCGGAGCCUGUGCUCCGCAACAGGAGAGGCCACAACAGUGAGAGGCCUGCAUACCAAAAAAAAAAAUAUAUAUAUAUAUAUAUAUAUUUUUUUUUUUUUUUUCUGAACAGUUAAAUAAAUGUUGAGACUUCUUUUGGUCUAACUUAGGUGAUCCCAUGGUGGGAUCCAAACCUCUGGGCUUCCUCAGUAUCCCUGAACUGUAGCCCCUUUUGUCUGGUAGAGAAACGUUUGCCCAGGAAUCAGGACACACCCAUUCUUUAUGGACUUGGUGCACUCCUGGGACUGCCAUGUGUGAGAUGGUCCACCUCAGGUUGAGUUCCUUUACUCUGGACACUGGCUUAACACAGUCUGGCUCCCAGACUGCGCAUUUCAUCUUUUCCAGGGCCCCCUGUGGCUUUUUCUCAUUUUAUAAUUCUCUCUGUUUUAAAAACAGUAUUGACUUUUGAUACAAUUUUGUUCAUCUCUCUUUACUUUGAGGAUUAAAACACCUGGAAAUACUGACCAGAGCCAAACCCUGGGGGUAAUUUUUCUUUCAUCAAAGUGAUAGUAGAAUCAAUAAGAAUUCUAGGACUCCUAAAACAAGUUGAACUCCAAAAGCAGAGUUGCAAACUCAAAAUGCUGCAAGGGCCAAGUGGAGAACCAAAGGUAGCACCCUGAGAUCAGGCCCGGAAUGGGAGGAAUAUGGGUCCAAGGUUGCUCUGGUUGUUCUGGUUUCUCAAGAAAAUCAAUUUUAUGGGAAUUCUCCUCACUUUUAUUUUUUUAUAAAUUUAUUUAUUUAUGGCUGCGUUGGGGCUUCGUUGCUGCGUGCAGACUUUCCCUAGUUGUGGUGAGUGGGGGCUACCUUUCAUUGUGGUGCUCUGACUUCUCACUGCAGUGGCUUCUCUUUGUUGUGGAGCACAGACUGUAGGUGGGCGGGCUUCAGUAGUUGUGGUACGCUGGCUCAGUAGUUGUGGCUCAUGGGCUCUAAAGCGCAGGCUCAGUAGUUGUGGCGCACGGGCUUAGUUGCUCCGCGGCAUGUGGGAUCUGCCCGGGCCAGGGCUCUGAACCCAUGUCCCCUGCAUUGGCAGGCGAAUUCUUAACCACUGCGCCCCCAGGGAAGUCCUGGAACCCUCCUAAUUUUUUAAGCAUUGGGAACUAAGUUUUUAAAAAAUUGAACCCUUGUGAGUACACACAGCACACCGAUGGGGUGGUACAAGGGCCAGUGGUGCCUGUCUUCCUGGGUGAAGUGGAUGUAUCUCAGAGGACUCUGAUAGGCCGAAGGCAGGGGGCCUGGGAACGUUUCCAGCAGGAAUCUUCCUGGAAUCUGACUGCAGGGCUGGCCCUCACCCCUUUCCUGACACUCAUCUCCUGUGCCCUGUUAAGGAGAAAUGAGUGCCUUGCCCCAGGGAGUGAAGCGCAGUCUGUUCUCCCGUUUUGGGAGCCUUAGCUCUCAGAGUCUGAAGGGAAGACAGAAGCUGAGAGGUGGACUAUGAAGCCACCAGGGAUGUCUGAGGGUUUGGGACCCCAUGCAUGGCUGGGUCAGACCCCUUUGUCACCUCUAUCCCUAGCCUUGAGAGGGAGCUGGUCGGGGGCGGGGGGAGGGCAGCGUCUGGAAAAAUCAGAUUGAUGUCACAUCUUUCCAAAGUGUGAGACAUAGGUGUAGGGGUGGGUACUGAGGAGUUCCCAGGUCUCUUCGUUUCCUAAGUUUGCUCUUAGGGAGAGAGAACUCCAUGCCAGUCUUGGCGGGAACCCAGAGGAGCUGCUGACUGGUCUGGGAGCCUUAAAUGAAAUCCAGGGACGUCUCCACGGAGACACCCAUAAGACUUUCAGAAGCUCUGUGUACUGAAAAGGACCACCAUGUCCCUCCACUCGGCAAAGUGUCCUUCGUCCUGUAACGACAGCUGCAAUUUGAAACGUCAAAUAUAAAAAUCCUUACACAAAAUAUAUUUUCCCACUUUGGCGCUCCUGCUUGGCUGGUGUCACGAGUACGUGCCAGGUAAAGCGAUCGUGAGCCGGCAACGCGGAUCUGGGAGUCUCUCCCGGCCGAGAGCAGGUGCAGCCGGCCUCGGGACCCCAGACCCGGAACCCUCCAAGCUGGGAACGCUGUAGGGCUGCAGCUGUGUGGGGAACGGGAUCUGGGAGGGACUUCCUGUUGUCCCUAAUCCCAGUCUCCACCCGGCUCCCCGCGCCCGGUGUAGGCUGCGGAGACUCCCUUCCCCGGGGGAGGGGGCUCCGCUGCCCGAGGUGACCCCUCCGCCUCCACCUCGGUGAGAGGGGGGCUGGGAGGGCGCCUGGAUCCCGAGACCCGCGCGGGUGGCCAGCUGGCAGGAGGGGACGGGGUCAAAGGUGGAAGGCUACGGGCUGGCAGGGAGAGGAGGCCUGGACCCGGGUUCGGAAAGAGGAAGGACAUCAUCUGUGCGGGACCGUGAGCAGGAUGGACACCCGGCCCGGGCGGGUGGUUGCAGCCGCAGGGAGGGCUGCUGAGAGCGGGCAGCUCAAUUUCUGGAUCCCAGGCGGGACCGAGUCAGGUCGAGCGCAGGGUGUGUGUGUGUGUGUCCUGGACCCGGGAGACGGCGGGGCCUGUAUUCCUCCGCGGAGCUGGCUGUGGUGGGCGGGGCCCCACUCAGCACCUGUUUCGCAGGAUCUCUGCAGACCUUUCGGCUCCUGAUGACAGGAGAUUCAGAUUUCAAGUCACCCCGGUUUUCCUUAACCCAGUUGCUGUGAGAUUCUUGCUUCAACGAUAAACGGGAUAAUACAAAAUAGCAUUCUGUCAAAGAGAGGGACCGAAAAACAACAUAGAGAGUGAGACCGUUGGAGGGCGUCUCGGAGGUUUUAUUUCUGAUUGGGACCAGGGAUGGAUCUGGUCCGGCGUGGGAAUUUGGGGGGCUUCAGGGAUGUCCAGGAGACACUGGCUGAUUUCCUUCUGCUCCUCUAGGCUCCUGGCCAGAAGCUGGAGGGGACUUGGCCAACAAGACCAAGAAACAACUCGGCUGAGCUUUGUAGCUCUGAGACAGAAAAUGUCUGAGGAUGGUGGAGGCAUCCGUGCUACCCAGGACAAGGAGGGAGCCCAAGAGACUCCAGGUCAUGGGCAUUCUUGUCAAGAAAUGCUUUCCGAGUCGGAGGGGACAGUGCCGUUGGGAGCCGCUCAGGAGUCACCCCACAUCAAGAUGGAGCCGGAAGAGCCGCACCCUGAGGGGGCAUCACAGGAGGCCAGAGCUCAAGGAGUACGGGGCUGGGUGCCCCUAAGCCAGGGCUCUAAGGAGAAAUCACAUUUCCUGCCUGGCGGAGCCCUCCCCUCCCCCCAGAUCUCUGUGCUCUCUCACGAGGGGAGGACUAGAGACCGGCGGAUGGCCGCGGCGCUCCUCACUGCCUGGUCCCAGAUGCCAGUGACCUUUGAGGAUGUGGCUGUGUACCUCUCCCGGGAGGAGUGGGGGCGGCUGGACCACACACAGCAGAGCUUCUACAGGGAUAUCCUGCAGAAGAGGAACGGGCUGUCCUUGGGGUUUCCCUUCAGCAGGCCUUUCUGGGCCUCUCAAGUACAGGGCAAGGGCGAGGCCUCGGGAUCCUGCCAGCAGAUGGGAGAUGAGAAGGAGGAGAAGAGAGGAGCCAUGGAGGUGAGCAAGGAGGAGCUAGCCCCAUCCCUGGGAGCCCUUGGGGAUAUGAAGUCCUUCAAAAGCAGGGUGGGGAGAGCCCAGGGGGACGCCCCACGGUGUGGGCAGCGAGCAGCCGGCAGCCAGAGCUCAGGGCCAGCCAAGGACGAUGUGCAGCCGGGUCCCGUGGUGGAGGCACAGUCGGAACCAGCCCCGCCUGACAUCGGCAUCCCGAAAGCCCAGGAGGGCCGCUUCCCAGAGCAACCCAGGGAGGCGGGGACGACCGCCCCUGAGAGCAGCGAGGAGGGCCUGGCCUCUGAUGGCGACGCCGGCAAGAAGACCUACAAGUGCGAGCAGUGCGGCAAGGCCUUCAGCUGGCACUCGCACUUGGUGACGCACCGGCGCACGCACACGGGUGAGAAGCCCUACGCGUGCACGGACUGCGGCAAGCGCUUCGGCCGCAGCUCACACCUCAUCCAGCACCAGAUCAUCCACACCGGCGAGAAGCCCUACACCUGCCCGUCCUGCUGGAAAAGCUUUAGCCACCACUCGACGCUGAUCCAGCACCAGCGCAUCCACACGGGUGAGAAGCCCUACGUGUGCGACCGCUGCGCCAAGCGCUUCACCCGCCGCUCGGACUUGGUCACCCACCAGGGCACCCACACGGGCGCCAAGCCGCACAAAUGCCCCAUCUGCGGCAAGUGCUUCACGCAGAGCUCAGCCCUGGUCACCCACCAGCGCACCCACACCGGGGUCAAACCCUACCCGUGCCCCGAGUGCGGCAAGUGCUUCAGCCAGCGCUCCAACCUCAUCGCCCACAACCGCACACACACCGGCGAGAAGCCCUACCACUGCCUCGACUGCGGCAAGAGCUUCAGCCACAGCUCGCACCUCACUGCCCACCAGCGCACCCACCGUGGUGUCCGGCCCUACUCCUGCCCCCUGUGCGGCAAGAGCUUCAGCCGGCGCUCCAACCUGCACCGGCACGAGAAGAUCCACACGGCGGGGCCCAAGGCCCUGGCCAUGCUGAUGCUGGGGGCAGCCGGGGCUCUGGCGGCACCCCCUCCGGCCCCCACCUAGGAGGCUGAGAGACAGGGGCUGGCCUGGAGACAGGGAAGGAGGGGGAUUGGAGCAGGGGCAGCUGCUGCGGGGGUGUGACCUGGGAGGCCCAGGAAGGGAGUUGGGGAGGUGCUGGCAUGGGGAUGGGGCGUGGCAACAUGGGAGGAGCUCGGGUGAGGAGGAGGCAUGCUCACUGCAAAUUAAAGGCCUUGGAAUUCGA